GACCGGGUUCGGAGAAUUGGGUCGUAACACCCUGAGAAGUGGAAUUUUGCACCAACCAUGGGAGUUGUGGAAGAUGUUCCCAAUUUCCGUGAUUGGGUAGACAAGCCGUUGAAGAUUGCACCAAUGGAUGGUAGAUCUUGGAAGACCCUUUCCCAACGAUUUGGUUGGAAAGUAAAAACUCAUGGAUUUGCUAUUCGAGGAGUUACUGCCGAGGUGGUCGCGACUUCUCGUAUCUCUUUGGAAAGGGCCCAAGAAAUAAUCUUGGUUUCUUCAUCGAAAAGAAAAGUCAUUGAUGACCAAGGCUCUGAAAAAGAGGAAGAUGGGGGCUCUUUGGUAACAAGGCCACGGGCUCAUAGACGCAUCAUUUCUGAUGAUGAAGAAGAAGCAUCCCCUCAUCGUUCUAUUCCCCUUACCGAGUCUGUUGAGUCCCCGGUGGUGAUUCUUGAUGAUGAUGUUGCUCUCGUUGCUGCUCAUGACUCUGUUGAGCAACUUUUUAUCAGCUGGUUUGGUAGUGAAAGUUUAGGCCCAGUUUUUGAUGAAGCACCUCUGGAUUCUUUUUCUACUCCCGUAUCUAUGACUCCUUCUUUGCCGAUCUCGACUGUUUCCGUUCCUCCCCAGGUUAUUUUUACUACCUCUACUAUUCCACUUUCGACAAUUCCUCCUCCACUUACUCAUCGUGCUGAAGUUGGCUCCUCAAGUAGGAGUAGUGCUAUGAGGCAAAUGAUUAUUGAAGUCCUCGCUGAGGGCAAUCUUUUGAGGAAAUCGGGUCAAGCAGAUGUGUGGUUAAAGCCCUUAAUUAGUCCUAUUGAGAGAUCCAAGCUAGAGAGCCAUAGUUCCUUGACCUGAUGAAUGACAUUGUGCAUGCUUCCUUAAAGGCCAAUCUUAUCGGCACAGAGAUAAUUAAAAGGGUUGCCCUCUUAGAUCAAUUAGUGUGUGAUUCUAAAUUAGAGGCGUGCAAUUGGAAAGAACAGUAUGAAAGCCUUUAUAUUGAUGUGGAGUACUUAGAAGAAAGUAAGAGUACCUUGGAGCAGCAGGUAUGGGCCUUGACUUCAGAGUUGGCAGUUGAAAAGGCUUCCUCAAGUCAAGCGGGUAAAGAAAAGGCUUGUCUUAAAACCUCUUUCUCCGAGCAACUGUCCAAGGCAAGUGAAGAGAUUAGAGAGUUAAAGGUUCUCUUGGGUGAGAAAGAGGCUUAUGCUGGAGAGCUCGUGCAGAACUUGACUCAAGCACAAAAAGACCUUCGAGCUUCUUCUGAUAAGGUUUGUGCCUGGGAAAGUUCUCAUGCCUCUCUUCAAGUUUCUUAUACUUCUGCCUUGGCUGAAAAUGAGAAAUUAAAGAAUGAAAUUGUUGACUGGGAAAGGGAUUAUGAAAUCCUUGAGGAUAAAUCUACCAUUGAAGUGAGUUGGGCGUUUUUGAAUUCUCGCUGUGAUACCCUAGUUGAAGCUAGCCAAGAGACUUUUAACUUGGAAUCUGAGUUAGCUAAAUUCAAUGAAACUAUUGAGAAGGCUCAGCAAACUCAAGAUUUUCCUUCUCCCGUGGCCGAAGCUUCUGUGAAUGUUGAAGUUGAUACGGGUAUCCCAACUCCUUCAAGCCUAGUUGAGCCCGCUGUUGUUGAUGCACCUACUUCAGUUCCUACAUCUUUUUAGUGAUAAGUUUAAGUCAUUUGAAUUUCUUUGUGUUGUUUUGUUUUUUGGAAAAUUGUGGUAAAACCCUUGGUCUUAUUUAAAGGUUUGUUUUGGAAAUUCAAGUCCCCGGACCUUUUAUGGGGCAACAUGUAUAAACAAUUUCAUGACUAAGUUCAUACUUAGUCUAAGCUUUUUAAUAUAAAGAAGUUUCUCGUUAUUAUUUUGAA